AUGCCGAUGACACCUAUUACAAGCACCCCCGCAGCUGAGAACAACAGCAAGAUUCCACCUCUUAUGAACAGCUUUCAGUUGUUUCGCCUUGAAAAGCAAAACGAGAUUGUUGCUCGUUGCCCUGGUGCCAACUAUCGUGAUAUUUCCAAGGUCAUCGCAAAGUGGUGGAAGGAAUUGCCUGAAGAGGAAAAGGAGCGUUAUCGUGAACGCGCCCGUAUCGCUAAAAUCGAACACGCUAAAAUGUAUCCUAUUUACAAAAGUAGCCCACAAAGAAAAGGGGAUAUGAAUAAUGCGGAUAGCAAGUUGUAA